CCGGGGCGGUGAAUGCGCGGCUUCAGCGGCCGUCCCUGCGCAGGCGGAGGCUGGCGCCGGCCAUGGCGGGCGGCAGCUCGGCGAGGCGGCUGUGGCAGCUCUGCAACCUGCUUAUGGCCGCCUUCUUCGGGCUGGCGGCUGCCGUGCAGGUGAACGACCCCGACGCCGGGCUGUGGGUGGUUGUCUACUUGGUGCCGGCUGCCCUUACGCUGCUUGUUGGCCUUAGCCCUUCAGUAACAGAAAACGCGGUUUGGAGAAGUCUCUGUGACCUUCAUUCUGCUGGUUGUAUUUUUGGAACCAUUGCUUUGGCUUGUUCUUUGUUUGCGUACACUCAAGGAAACAUUUUGCAUGAAGAGGAAGGCAGAGAGUUAUUUGGUCUGGUGAUUAUUACAAUAUGGAUGAGUCUUUGUCGCAGUUCAGUAAAGAAUCCAUUGGGUGGAAUUCAUCUGACUGCUGCAGUCUUGGUCGCUCUCUUCCCCUUUGUUUCAUGGCUGUACAUUUAUGUGAACAAAGAGAUGCGAGAAUCUUGGCCAGCACACUGUAAAACUGUGAUUUAAUUAGGUGGGAAAAUGUACAUAAAUAUUCUGACCUUAGUGCCUCUGCUUUUUGGUUCUUAAUGAAAGGUUAGUAUCAGUUUGAUAGGACCCAGGAAUGCCUUGUUGCUUCCAACAGUGUAGCUUCGUGUUCGUCAAUAGGCACCAGGAAUAAAUUGAAGAACAUUGUCAAAUCCGAGUGGAGAAUUUUUCUAUGGAAAUUAUUGUUCAGCCUGCUUCUUCACAUGUUUUCAAAGCACUGUUGACCUGAUGUGUGUUCCAAUGUUAAUUAUUCAAAAUAUUCUGGCAUCCCUGGUCCACACUCUCCUCCCAUGUUGUACCUUGGGAAAGCUACUGUUCAGUAACAUAAGGGAAAAGUAUACCAAUCACUUUGUUUCAAUAAAUGACUUUUUAUAGCUGUAAAACUUCCAAGGUAUCCACCUGGAUAGUCCACUGAGAUUCUCUGAAAGAUUAAGCAGUCUGUAUUUCUGUUCCUACACUAAAAUCUUAUGUGUAAAAUCAAUAUAUCUAAAUCAAUGUUUUUAUUAUCUUUGUGAUUACUGUUUUGACAGAGUAGUAAAUUCUAUUUUUCUAAAGAAAAUCCAGUGAAAACUUCUUUAUUUUCUGUGAGAUGCAUGCUUGACUGCCACCAGCAGACAUAGUCACUGUCACAACUCGCAGAAUUUCUGGUCCUGGAAAUCAGAACCCAUGCAGCAACUCAGAGACAGUAACCAUGCUCCAUCAUCACUAAUCCUGGAGAAGAAAGCACAGACAUAAAUAGUUCCAAAGGCGUUGCUUUCUGGUGGAGUUUCAAUAAUCCCCUCCAAAGUCAGAUGAUGAACACCAUGUGAGUCUAAACAAUAGCCACCAUCAUGCAGGUGUCCUGCAAGAAAGCAGACGACGCAUUGAUGAGAGUGUAUGACAGAAAGCGCAUCUUCGUAAUUCCACGCUAAACAAACUUUGUCUGAAGCAUCUGGAUGAAUGGGCAGAUGACCUGCAGAUGAGAGGGAAAGAAGAAGAGUUACUUAAAGCACAUAACAAUGAGAACUUGAGAACUUCAUCGAACCAGUCCAGCUGGGUUUGGCUAAAUCCUCCAUUAAACUCUACAAACUGAGGUUCUUUGAGCCCUGCAAUGAAGAAGAACGUUAGGCAUACGUGCAUACACCUGCUGUAACUUCCUUAUGUACUUUUACUUCUGUAAAUCUACUUAUGAGAAAUGG